AUGAGAGUCUUCAACGGAGAGAGGGAGAAACAUCUGCACUCCUUGGGGUGUCAGGACUGUGAGCAUUUCAUCACUAUCCUGCAGCUCAUCUCCACUGUGCUCCUGGUGGCUCUCCUCACAGCUAUCCUUGUCAAAGGCUCUGAGGUUCCUAGAUCCCAAGAACAUGAUCAGGAAAAGCAACACAUCCACCAGAAACUGGACCAGCUGAAGGCUGGACUAGACCACCUGUGCCGACCCUGCCCCUGGGACUGGAUGCUUUUCCAAGGAAACUGUUACUUCUUCUCCACAUACCAAAAGACUUGGAAGGAAUCUGUCACUGCCUGCAAGGACAUGGGGGCCCAACUAGUGGUCAUAAAAAGUAAUGAGGAGCAGAGUUUCCUCCAGAGGACUUCUAAGAUGAAAGGAAAAACCUGGAUGGGGCUGUCAGAUGCAAAAGAGGAAGGCCAAUGGCUGUGGGUGGAUGGCUCACCACUGCAGUGGAGGAACUAUUGGGAUGUGUGGGAGCCCAACAACAUGUCCAAUGAAGACUGUGUGGAAUUUUCAGAUUAUGGAUGGAAUGAUAUCUCAUGUUCCUUAGAGAAUUUCUGGAUAUGUAAGAAGUCUGCAUCUCCUUGCUCUGGGUGA